UGAGUCUUGUAUAGUUGGCUCGUCGUCCAAUCAUUAGAUAUCAUCAUAUCAUGUAUACCGUUGAACCAAAGCCAUAGUGAGGUGACCUUCACGAUUUCUCUCUCAAGACUCUAACUACCGGUUUUCCAUUCAUUCGUUCACAAUCUCCGGAUCACCCCUGGACCCUUUUCUUUAGUUCUUUUCUCAAUUCUCACCCAUUUCUUUUCCGCAUACUUCUCCUUUUGGAUUAUCUCUCCAAAUUCCCCCAAAAGUUUUAAUCUUUGACAAGAAAAGGUUCGAUUUUAAUUUCUUAUUGUUAGUCUCUGUGCGUUUCUGUAAUUAUUACUAAUCUGCAUUGAGUGCCGAGACUUUUAAGGUUGUUUGUUGAUGUCAUUGGUUGUUGGAGUGGCUUCAAGUUCUGGAACAAUGGGGUUGGAUGGGAAAGACCCAGAUGUUUCAGAGGACAUUAACCCAAAAUCAAUGGCAGAUGAUGAAACCGGCGGUGAAGCAGUUGAGAAGAAGAUUUCCAGACAUAUGAGUGAGAGUUCUAUGUAUACUACUGAGGACGAAGAAGAUGAUGAGACUGAAAGUAAGAUCCAAUUAGGCCCUCAGGUUACUCUUAAGGAACAAUUCGAGAAAGAUAAGGAGGAUGAGAGCUUGAGAAGGUGGAAGGAGCAACUUCUUGGGAGUGUGGAUAUAAAUGCUGUUGGGGGGAAAACAUGGUUUCUUUCCACUUCCAUAACCACAGAAUCUCUGGAUCCAGAAGUUAAGAUCCUGAGCCUUGUAAUCAAAUCUCCAGAGAGAUCGGAUAUUGUUCUCUCAAUCCCUGAAGACGGAAAUCCUAGCAGCCCAUGGUUUACAUUGAAAGAAGGCAGCCGUUACAGCCUAACAUUUUCAUUCCAGGUCAGCAAUAACAUUGUUUCUGGCCUCAAGUAUGCAAACACUGUCUGGAAAACUGGCAUUAAAGUGGACGGCACGAAGCAAAUGAUAGGCACCUUCAGUCCACAACUGGAGUCUUACACACACGAAAUGCCUGAAGAGACAACCCCUUCUGGCAUGUUUGCUAGAGGAUCAUAUUCCGCAAAGUCAAAGUUCACCGACGAUGACAACAAAUGCUACCUGGAGAUCAACUAUACAUUUGAGAUUAAGAAAGAAUGGCCAGCUACAUAAAUUUAGUUAUUCUUGAACUAAUAUGCACCUGUCGGGAGUGUUCUUGUUUCACUGUUUGAAUUUUUCCAAGUCUAUUUUAUCCCCUGGUAAAUUUCUGAGCAUUCAAAGGUGGUGGGAAAUCCUGAUGUGUUAUAUUGGUUUAUGUGAUGGCUAGUGGAGGAGGCGAGGAGGGGUAUCUUUUGACAGUAAGAUAUAUUUUUGUGUGUUGGACGAUAUAGCUUAGCCUUUUUUUCUUCUUUAAUGAUUAACACUGGAGAUUAUUAUGUUAGUCAAGAAGUUGUUUUAGCUUGAACUGCUUCAUGUUCAUGAAGUUGGUGACAACAUAUGCUGUCAAGAAAUACAUACUACCUCUCCCAUAUUGGAUGUCUUAUUUUACUUUGACACGAUUAUUAAUAAAGUGGUUGAAAA